AUGAGGACUCAUACUGGCUACAAGCCCCUCAAAUGCAAGGUGUGUCUCAGGCCCUUUGGGGACCCCAGUAACCUAAACAAACACAUUCGCCUGCAUGCUGAGGGCAACACACCUUACCGCUGUGAGCACUGUGGCAAAGUGCUGGUAAGAAGAAGGGACCUGGAAAGACACGUCAAAUCAAGGCAUCCUGGCCAAAGCUUGACCACCAAGGAAGACCUACACAGUGACCCUUCCUAUCCCCAAGCAGACACCAAGAGUGAGGACAAUGACAGUGACGUGGACGUUUGCUUCACUGAUGAGCAGAGUGACCAAGAGACUGGGGCAGGCAAGGAGCACUGA